AUGAAGGCACCUUCCAGGAUUGCCAAGUCUGUGGUCAUCACGAACCUUGUCAACAGCAUUCGGGAUAGUUCUACGCAACCACAUGGCGGUUUCGUCCGGUUUGACACCUCAUGUGGACUUUGGUACGAGGUGGGUGAGAAGGUCGCCCGAGACAAAGUAGGACAAGCCCUGAGGGAUGCAGCGCGUCUCCAAGACGAGAAGCAAAAGUCGCGGACUGUUGACUUAUCACCAUCGUUGUCAUCUCAUUGUCAACAAGACGGCCAAUGUCAGGUUGUUGCAGAACCCAACAUAUUUGAGUUAGAAGAAGAAGUUUCAGGAGGAGAGAACAAUGAUGUGUCAAUGGGCAAACAUAGUUCGAGACAUUCCGCCAUAAAGUGGGCCCAUACAGAAUAUAUUGGAAAGUUCUCUCCUGCAUCGCCUACGACCUCCAAUAACGAGGACACUCAUCCAAGAGCUGGCAAAAACCGUAGCUUUUGGUUCCGGCGUAAUGCAUUGCAAAUGCCUGCUUACAACUCCAGCAAUGAGGUAACGACGGCUUUUGCUGAAUCCGCCGAUGAAGACAUUACUUCCAUCGAUGACCACGACCAGCAGCAGCAUCGACAGCAUCAACAACAAGAACUAGCACCAGGAGCUUCUAGUACCAUGCUCUUUUCCUCUGAUGAUGACGUAUUACUGCCAUCGUCAUUACCAUCAUUACCAUCAUCACCAGCAUUGCCAUCAUCAUCAUUGGGAGGAAUCCUCGAGACUGCGGAUUUCUUGUUGGAAUGGUUCGAAAAUGACAACGCCUGA